UAAAAUGAAAUGAAAUAGUUUCAGUAUCCAAACGUACCCGACAUUUGAUAGUGGGUGGUCUCUGUAGUGGUGUUAGUGCCACCCUAAAAUAUUUUCUUAAUGAGGUACCACUAGUGAUGCUGUGAUAGGCUGAGUACGACUUUUGUGCAACAAAAGAUAAAAAAGAAAAAAAGAAAAAUGGGUGAAAGGAGGUGAGCUUCGUUGUCUCAGUUUGAUCACUUGCUUCAUCGGUUCUUUGAUCUGGGAGAAGUUAGAGACGUACGGAGGCUACCAAAAGCGAAAGCUUUUGUUUGGGCAGGGAGCUGGAAGUCAAAUAGUUAUAUAGGAAGCUUAAUUGUGAGAUGGAAAGAUCAAGAAUUCAACAAAAAGUGGCAACUACUGCUUCAGUAGUACUCACAAAUGCAAAUCAAAAUGCUGAAGAAAUUCAUCAAAUAUUGGAUCAGGAAGCUGCAAACACUUUGUGUUUUGGAAAUCAACAUAGAGGGUUGGUAAUUAGCAUCAAAGAAAUGGUUCAAAGCUGCUUGGACCCUCUCCCUUAUCAUCAAGCGAUCGAGUACUGCUGUAUCUACAGGAUUCCAGCUAGUCUUCUCAAACUGAAUGAAGAAGCCUACACUCCUGAGGUUAUAUCGAUAGGGCCGUUCCAUCAUGGCACCAAAAGAUUAGAAACCAUGGAAAAGUUGAAACUGAAAUAUUUUCAGAGAUUCCUGCAGCGGACUGACUUCAACGUGGAGAUUUUAGUAAACGCCAUAAAGUUGCAUGAAGAAAGUGUGCGUAGUUGUUACGCAGAAACCAUCAAGUUUAGCAGUGACGAUUUCGUUAAACUAAUUUUGGUGGAUGGGAUCUUUAUUAUUGAAUUUUUCUACGGAUUGAUAUGGUUCAAAGGAUCAAAUAGUGUUAUUCGUCAGAACAAUAUACUGUUAAACCCAAUAUCGUGGCACGCAAUUACGUUGGACUUGCAACUACUUGAAAAUCAACUUCCUUUCUUCGCUCUUGAGAUAUUAUUCAGCCUUGCAUGUGCAUCGGAUGAUGUGCAUCCUUCCUUCGCUUCGCUUGCAGUUAAGGUCUUUGAGAUUGAGGACAUUAGAAAUCAGGAAUUUCCAGGAAAUCUUGGAGAUCAACAACCAAUUAGACACUUUGUUGAUUUGAGCAAAGCAUUUUUUCUUCCAUCAUCCAGAAAGCUGCUAGUGCUACCGCAUGAAAGUAAUGAUCUUCCUAGUGCUGAUCAUUUAUAUUCUGCAAGCCAGUUGUACGAGGCUGGAGUGAAGUUUAAGGUGAGCUCAAGCAAAUGCUUACUUGACCUAAAAUUCACCAACGGAACUUUGGAAAUUCCAUGCAUUAAUCUUGAUAACGAGACAGAGACUACUUAUCGAAACAUCCUAGCAUUUGAGCAAUGCCAUCAUCCACAUGAUUCACAUUUUACAGACUACACUGUGCUAUUGACUUUCCUAAUCAACACUCCCAAAGAUGCGGAUUUACUUAUUAGAAAAGGAAUCAUCAUUAAUUGGCUUGCCAACAGCAAUUCAGCGGCAUCUUUUAUCAAUAAUCUGGGAACGAAUAUUGUAUAUUAUAGCCAGAAAUCUGCUUAUCGUGGUUUGUUUCGAGAUUUGAAUGCAUUCUAUAGGAACACUAAGCAUACUUGGAAGGCUACCUUGAAACGUGAUUAUUUCGGCACUCCUUGGAAAAUAGCUUCUACUGUAGCUGCUGUUACCUUAUUGUUGCUCACUCUCGUACAAACUAUAUGCUCUAUCAUCCAAGUUGUGAAGAUGUGAAGAAGCUUUGUGCAUGAAAUUCUGGAACACUUAUAUGGGCUGAGAAUGGAGAAAAUAUAAUAGGAGAUUAAUUAGCUCGUGAUAGAUCAUGAUAUGAAUUUCAUGCAACAAGAGUGAAGGUCACGCUUGCUAUCAACCCGAUGGAUUCGAAUGAAGUGAUUUGUGUGUCUUUGUUUCC